ACAAAGUGCGAUGCUGAGCCGAUGUGCUCCUGCAGUUGUCGUGGGAAGUGGUGGGAAACAGCUGUCGAUGGGUGCCGUUCUUUCUGUUCACCAGAACCUUCAAGCAGCAGCAAAAAAAAAAGUCAAGAGCGAAAGAUCAAUUUUUUUUACCACCAGUUGGAGUUCGCAGGUGGGGGCAGUGUGGGCCCGUGCGUUGUACCAAGGUGCUUUUUAGACUUCACCGCAGGCACCACAAAGCCAAGCCAAGAGCUGACUGAGGCUUGAUGGCUGCUGUUGCGUCGUCGUUGUUGCUGCACGGUCCACCUACCUUGAGACCAACCAAGACAACCAAGUUCCCGUCACACGUCAACGCCGCCUUGAGCCGCGCCUCACCUUCAAGCUUUCUCUCCAACAACACUUAGGAGACUGACUCUCUGUCACGGUCAUCUAAACCUCCAAGCUUCAGAUCAACAUUGCCCAACAUGGAGGGCCUCUUCUUCAACGUCAACAAUGGCUACCUGGAGGGCAUCAUCCGCGGCUACCGCAACGGCCUCCUCACCAGCACAAACUACACCAACAUGACCCAAUGCGAAACCAUCGACGACCUCAAACUCCAGCUCGGCCCCGCAUACGGCGACUUUCUCUCCACCCUGCCCCCCAACCCAUCCACCUCCAGUCUCGCCACAAAGACAACCGAGAAGCUCGUCUCCGAGUUCCGCUACGUUCGCGCCAACGCAGUGGGCUCCCUCGCCAAGUUCAUGGAUUACAUCACCUACGGGUACAUGAUUGACAAUGUCGCCCUCCUCAUCACCGGCACCCUCCACGAGCGCGACACCCGCGAGCUCCUCGAUCGGUGCCACCCCCUGGGUUGGUUCGAGACCAUGCCUGUUCUUUGUGUGGCCACCAACAUCGAGGAGCUCUACAACAGCGUUCUCAUCGAAACCCCCUUGGCCCCUUACUUCAAAGGCAGCCUCUCCCACCAAGACCUGGACGAGCUCAACAUUGAAAUCGUGAGAAACACACUCUACAAGAACUACCUGGAGGAUUUCUACAACUUUGUCAACACCCACCCCGACAUGGCGGGCACCCCGACAAGCGAGGUCAUGACGGAAAUUCUCGAGUUUGAGGCGGACAGGCGGGCGAUCAACAUCACGUUGAACUCGUUUGGAACGGAGCUGUCGAAGCAGGACCGUAACAAGUUGUAUCCCACUUUUGGCCGGCUCUAUCCCGAGGGGACGUUGAUGUUGUCGAGGGCGGAUGAUUUUGAAGGGGUGAGGCUUGCGGUGGAGGGGGUGCAUGAUUACAAGUCGUUUUUUGAGGCUGCGGGACUAGGAGGUGGUCCGGGGGGACCGGGGAAUAUGGGAGGGGGUUCGGGGUCGGAUGGGAAGAGCUUGGAGGAUAUGUUUUAUCAGAAGGAGAUGGAGAUAUGCAAGGGAGCGUUUACGAGGCAGUUUGGGGCGAGUAUAAUUUAUGCUUUUGUUAAGCUGAAGGAGCAGGAGGUCCGCAAUAUUCAGUGGAUAUCUGAGUGCAUAGCUCAGAACCAAAAGGAGCGCAUUGGUAAUUACAUCAGUGUGUUCUGA